AUGGUGAGUCGUGAUAAAAGCAGGGCACAGACGAGUCCCUUUAGUGAUCACAGCGCCGAGUUGGAAGACGAUGAUGGCUCAAUCUUGAAAUCACCGUUGGAAGCGCACUUUGACAAGGGCCGUUUGUCGUACCACGGCUCGGCCAGCCUGGCCAACCACGACUCAUACUCUGAUGAUUCCAUGCCACCCACGCCAAAGCUUGCCGCAGACUCAUUCGACAACGGGAAAAGCUCUCGUUUGAAGUUUCAAUUGGGGUCCAACCAAACACCCCCCUCGUCGUCGUCUUCGUCGUCGGUUUCCCCGUCAAAGCACCGGUUUUCCAAAUCGCCAAAGUCUCCCUUUUUGGACGACGUGAUAUUGGAGGAUGAAGUGUACCAGAAACCCAAGGCGGAGGAAGCUGAAAACACAGCAGAGGUGUCGGGACUGCAUGAAGACUUGGCCACCAGAAGACACCGGUGGGGCACGUUCAGAGACAAAAACGGGAGACCCGAUCUGGCCAAAACAGGCGUGGGCCGGUCCAGGACCUUGAACAAGAUACUACAUCCACACCGCAACGACAAGGGGCACCACCACCGACUGUUGAAAGGGAGGAUCAAGUCCAUCAGGAAACCAAACACUCACUCGAUUGACUUCCCCGAGCUCCACCACCGUGACUCGGACUCUGACAGCAACAAAGACGCGCCGGAAGGGGAUUCUAAAAACAGAAAGCUGGAGAAGCGCACAGUGGUGUUCAACAGAGAGCUCCCUGAACAGUUUACAGACAUGGAGACGGGCAAGCCAAACACCAACUACCCCAGGAACAAGAUCAGAACGACAAAGUACACCCCACUCACGUUCUUACCGAAAAACAUAUUCAACCAGUUUUUCCACAACAUUGCCAAUAUUUAUUUCCUUGCGUUGAUUAUCUUGGGUGCGUUCCAGAUCUUUGGUGUCCCCUCACCGUCAAUGGCGGCGGUGCCGUUGAUUGUCAUUGUCAUUAUCACCGCGAUAAAGGACGCCGUAGAGGACUCCAGGAGGACAAUCACGGACUUGGAAGUGAACAACCAGCAUACGCAUAUUUUGGAACAAGUGCAUGACUCGGACUACCACUAUGAAAACCGAAACGUGAAUGAUGAAAAAGUGUCUCUCUGGAGGAGGUUCAAAAAGUGGAACACAAAGUUGUUGGUCAAGUUCUGGGGAGCACUGAAGAGCAGCCUCACAAAGGAAGGAAGGGCGAAUAGAGCGAGGGAAAAGCACAACCGUGAAAACAACAUCCAGGAGGGAGAAGCACGAAAGUCGUUUGAAAGUGAUGUUGUCACUCCGCGAAACUCGAUUGAUCCGUUUGGCGAAACCAUUCGACAAUCGUUUCACAAACCACGGUCCUCGGGACAGGCACAACCAAAGACUCUAAAAUUUGUUCGCAAGUGCUGGAAAGAUGUCAGAGUGGGGGACCUCUUGCGUAUCUACAACAACGACGAGGUCCCCGCCGAUGUGGUGAUUCUAUCCACGAGUGACGACGACAACUGUUGCUUUGUCGAGACAAAGAACCUCGAUGGGGAGACAAACCUCAAGGUCAAACAAGCAUUAAAGUACUCUUCAGUCGAUGACAAAAUCACCAAAGCCGACGACUUGAUCGACAAGUCGUUCCAAAUUGACUCAGAGGGCCCGCAUGCAAACCUCUACUCAUACGAGGGCAACUUGAAAUACACUGCUCGCAACGGGCACCCACUAGAGGAGCCCGUCACUAUCAACAACUUGCUUCUACGUGGAUGCUCUUUGAGAAACACCAAAUGGGUUAUUGGGAUAGUGGUGUUUACCGGAGACGACACCAAGAUCAUGCUCAACGCCGGGGUCACGCCAACAAAGCAAUCGCGCAUGUCCAAGGAGUUGAACUACUAUGUCUUGUUGAACUUUCUCUUGUUGUUUAUCAUUUGUUUCGUCUCGGGCUUAGUCAAUGGGUUGUAUUAUAGGAAAACAGGGACGUCGCGGGACUACUUUGAGUUUGGCACCAUUGCGGGCACCCCCGCGCUCAACGGGCUCGUGGGGUUCUUUGUCGCGGUGAUAUUGUACCAGUCAUUGGUUCCCAUCUCGUUGUACAUCACCAUUGAAAUUAUUAAAACGGCGCAGGCGUUUUUCAUAUACUCCGACGUGGGGAUGUACUAUCCAAAGUUGGAUUUCCCGUGCACCCCGAAAUCGUGGUCCAUUAGUGACGACUUGGGCCAGAUUGAGUAUAUAUUUAGUGACAAGACGGGGACAUUGACGCAAAACGUGAUGGAGUUUAAAAAGUGUACGAUAAACGGUGUCUCGUAUGGCCGUGCGUAUACAGAGGCGUUGGCAGGGUUGAGAAAACGUCAAGGUGUGGAUGUUGAAGCCGAGGCAGCGCAUGAACGUGCGAUGAUUGCAGAGGAUAAAGUGGAGAUGGUUGACAAGUUGCGCGGGUUGCUCAAAAGCACCACCUACGAUGACGAAAUCACGUUUGUUUCGCUGAAGUUUGUUGACGAUCUCUUGGGUGCUGCGGGUGAAGACCAACAGGAGGCUGGCUACCAUUUCAUGUUGGCGUUGGCAUUGUGCCACUCGGUCUUGGCCGAGCAGAGCGAAAAGAACCCGCACAAGUUGGUGUUGAAAGCGCAAUCCCCCGAUGAGGCCGCGCUAGUGGGCACUGCCCGCUCCUUGGGGUUCAAUUUCAAAGGCACCACGAAAAAGGGCUUUUUGGUGGACGAGUUUGGCACGUGCAAGGAGUACCAGGUGUUGAACACGUUGGAGUUUAACUCCACAAGAAAGAGAAUGAGCACUAUUAUCAAGAUACCGAGUGACCCGCCCAGGGCGUUGUUGCUCUGCAAAGGUGCAGAUAGCAUUAUUUAUGAGCGGUUGUCCAAGACCGAGAACGACCCGGAGAUGCUCGAGGCCACUGCUAGGGACCUUGAGGAGUACGCCACGGAGGGGUUGCGGACAUUGUGCAUUGCCGAGCGAGAGUUGACGUGGGAGCAGUACACCGAGUGGAACAAACGGCACCAGGUGGCGGCGUCCUCGUUGGAGGAUAGAGAGGGCAAGAUGGAACAAGUGGCGGACGCUAUCGAGCAGGAGUUGGUGUUGCUUGGGGGUACCGCGAUUGAAGACCGGUUACAAGAUGGGGUCCCCGAUGCCAUCUCGUUAUUGGCCGAGGCCGGGAUCAAGUUGUGGGUCUUGACUGGCGACAAGGUCGAGACUGCGAUCAACAUUGGCUUUUCGUGUAAUUUAUUGGGCAACGAGAUGGACUUGCUCGUGAUCAAAACUGCUUAUUCUAGCGAGGAAACAGAAAAGAUGGGCCUCGAGCUAGGCUUUGGCAACGCCGAGGCGCAAAUCAUCGACAAUGUUAUCAGCUUUUACUUGAACCGCCACUUCAACAUGGAAGGCACCAUCGACGAGCAAGAGGCUGCCAUUGGUGAUCACACUGCUCCAGAUGCCCGGUUUGGCGUGGUUAUUGACGGGGACGCAUUAAAGCUUGCCUUGAUGAACCGCGACACCAAACGGAAAUUCCUCUUGCUCUGCAAAAAAUGCAGAGCCGUGUUGUGCUGCCGGGUGUCGCCCGCACAGAAAGCCGCAGUGGUCAAGCUAGUCAAGGACACGUUGGAUGUCAUGACCUUGGCGAUUGGAGACGGGUCCAACGACGUGGCCAUGAUUCAAGCCGCGGAUGUCGGUGUGGGGAUCGCGGGAGAAGAAGGCCGGCAAGCGGUGAUGUCCUCUGAUUAUGCGUUUGGCCAGUUUCGGUUCCUCGCGCGGUUGUUGCUCACCCACGGCCGGUGGUCCUACAAACGCUUCAGCGAAAUGAUCCCGUCGUUCUUCUACAAAAACAUCAUCUUCAACAUAGCCUUGUUCUGGUACGGGAUCUACUGCGACUUUGACGGGACGUACUUGUUUGAGUUUACCUAUCUCAUGUUCUACAACUUGGCAUUCACGUCGCUUCCCGUCAUCUUCAUGGGCAUCUUUGACCAAGACGUGAGCGCAAAAGUGAGUCUCCUUGUGCCGCAACUAUACCGCUCGGGUAUUUUGAGAAACGAAAUGAGCGAUUUAAAGUUUUACAUUUACUGUCUUGACGGAAUAUACCAGAGUGCCAUUUCCUUCUUUUUCCCUUACUUGAUGUACAAGACGCUGUUUCCUGGGGAGAACGGGAAACCGGUCGACCAUAGGUUCUGGGUCGGGGUGCCUGUUACAGUCAUUGCAUGCACAAGUUGCAACUUGUACUUGCUUUUCCACCAACGUCGGUGGGACUGGCUCAGCUCGCUAAUCAUUGGCAUCUCGAUCCUCAUUGUGUUUAUCUGGACGGGGCUCUGGUCGUCGUCGGAGUACUCGUCGCAGGAGUUCUACAAGGCGGCGGCGCAAGUGUUUGGCAUGACCGCGUUCUGGGCGGUCAUCUUCAUUGGAAUCUUGGUGUGCCUACUUCCAAGGUUCUUCUAUGACAUUUUACAGAAAUUGUACUUUCCCAAGGACGAAGACAUCAUCAGGGAGUGCGUGCAAAGAGGCGAUUUCGACCCGUACCCUGCCAACUAUGACCCAACAGACCCCGAUAGGCCAAAGAUCAGCGCCUACUCAAGCGCAGUGGUCAACCGGAUGAGCAUGGACCAUCGCGUCUCCGACGAUAGGGUCGACAUGAGCAACCAGGCCACGACGCCGCACACGCCACCACCGGGGUUCCUCGCUCAAAUGCGAAGGAAAAGCAAGAGCUUCCGCCACCACUCCGACUUGCUGACGGAAACCAUCCAAAUGGAGGUAUUUGAUGAAAACCAGAGACGCAUUUCAAUGAUUAGCGAGAGAAAUAGAUAG